GAGUGUCCCGCACACAACUCCACAAAGUCCUCACUGCACUGCUCAUCGCCCGAUCCCUGGAGACACUCAGCGAUCACUUAGGAGCAGGAACUUUGACCGCUUUAUCCAAAGAUGAGGCUCUUUUUCUUCGCUUCGGUUUUGCUGUGCAUUGGUGUAAUUAAAGACAUCACGGCCCGUAGGUCUCGCACCCGACGUGAGCUGGCCCCAGGACUUCAUACUCUUGGAAUUAGAGAUCCAGAUGGCUCGUAUUGUGAAAAGAGAACUUCUUGCUGCCCAGGAAGAGAUGAUGCCUGUACAGUGCCUUAUUUGGAUACCAUCUGCUACUGCGAUCUCUUCUGCAAUCGAACAGUGUCUGACUGCUGCCCUGACUUCUGGGGGUUUUGUUUACACAUUAGCCCCCCAGUAAGUAUUCAAAAAGUGUGUAUUAAAAAUAACCAGAAAUAUCCAAGUGGAGCAACAUUCCAAGACAACUGCAAUCGGUGCACAUGCACUAAUGAUGGUAACUGGCACUGUGAGCAGAAUGCAUGCCUUAUCAAUCCAAGAAUUAUUGAAGCCGUUAAUCGAGGCUCAUAUGGCUGGAAUGCUGGGAACUACAGUCAGUUUUGGGGUAUGAUACUAGAUGAAGGUAUCCAGUAUCGAUUAGGAACCACAAAGCCCUCCUCUUCAGUGAUGAACAUGAACGAGAUGCACGUAAACAUGGACAAUGAUGUUCUUCCAUCCUACUUUAAUGCUGCAGAUAAGUGGCCAGGGAUGAUCCAUGAGCCACUUGAUCAAGGCAACUGUGCUGGUUCCUGGGCAUUCUCCACUGCAGCUGUUGCCUCUGAUAGACUUUCUAUUCAGUCGAUGGGCCACAUGACUCCUGCUCUGUCUCCUCAAAAUCUCAUUUCCUGCGACACCAAAAACCAACAUGGAUGCAGAGGGGGCCGUGUGGAUGGAGCAUGGUGGUAUCUCAGAAGAAGAGGGGUUGUAACAGAGGAUUGCUACCCAUUUUCAGUUCAAAAUACAAAUGGAGCACCUGCACCAUGUAUGAUGCACAGCCGCUCCACGGGAAGAGGGAAGAGACAGGCCACUGCUCACUGCCCAAACCCAUAUGCAUCAUCAAAUGAGAUCUACCAGUCUACACCAGCCUACCGUCUGGCAUCCAAUGAAAAAGAAAUAAUGAAAGAAAUAUAUGAGAAUGGUCCAGUACAAGCUAUAAUGGAGGUGCAUGAAGAUUUCUUUGUGUACAAAAGUGGAAUCUAUAGACACAUACCUGUCAUGGCAGGAGAGCCAGAGCUGUACAGUCGUCAUGGGACACAUUCGGUAAAGAUCACUGGGUGGGGAGAAGAGAUGGCACCCAAUGGACAGAUUCAGAAAUAUUGGCUGGCUGCCAAUUCAUGGGGCAAAGACUGGGGAGAGAAAGGAUAUUUCCGCAUUGCCCGUGGUGAAAACGAGUGUGAAAUUGAAACCUUUGUAGUGGGAGUUUGGGGCAGAGUCAGCAUGGAGGAUGUUGCUCGUAGAAAAUGAGGAAUUUUCCAGGCUAUAGGACUUUGUGGAUUUCUAAUAAGCAAACACUGGUUUGCACCUUGCUUUUUACCUCCCAGAUAUUUCCACAGCCAGUGAGCUGGAUCAUAAGGUCUUAGGUGGGUAGGCAUGUGUGUUCUAAAGUGGGGAACUGAGUCUGUACUAUAAUUAAGAAUGAGGUAAGUGUAAGUGGGUGUUUUUAUUAGUAAUAGGACAUCUUUUGACCUGUACAGAGCAAAAAAUAUCUGCAACUCACUGAACAGACAUCAAUGGCCAGUUUUCACCACAUAAAUGGCACUGAUAUUUUUACCAUGCUUUAAUUCUUGAAAGGGUUAGGUGAAUCACUGGCAUAUACUGAACUUGACUCUAGCUUAUAAAGUGUAAAAAGUCAGCACCACAAUCUAUGUACUUUGAAUUUCUACUGUUUCAUGGGCACUUUGUACCUUUUUCAAAUGUGUUAUCCAUUUGCUGGACCCUUCUAAAGCUACAAAGCCAUUUUAUAAACGUCCUAUAAAUCAACAAAGCUAGUACAGCAACUCAGGACGAGGGCAUGAUGCAGUGAGGUACUUAAUGUAAUUAAGCUGACCCAGUGGUGCUGACACAGGGAAGAUUCACAGCCUGUGGCUUUGGAAGGGAUAAUAGUGCAGAUAGUCCUAUAAUCUCCCCCGGGAUCAAAAGGGUAUUGUUUGGGGCUGUAUGAAAGGGGCACACAGGCUUGUGAACCUGUCACAGACAGACAUUCCCCGCCAAGCUACAAACUGCCGGAGGAGUGGUAGGCUUCCACCUAGGACCAAAAUGAACCUUAUCUAAAUACGUAUAUAGAUAUAUAUAUUAUGAGAGCUUAAAAUUAAGGCCUUUUUAUAAAGCCUAUUUAAAACAUCCACUGCUAUCUGAAGCUUGCUCAUUUUAAAAUCUAUCCCACGCACUGCUAAAUUUCUUCAAUCCAUCAGCCUUAAACAUCUUUGGGGGGUAUUGCAUUUAUUAAAGACAUUUACCUUUUAAAAAAAAAAAAAAAAAAAAAAAGCCUUUAUGAAAGCCCAAACACAAAUGCAGAAAAUGUGAAUUAUGUUUAGCUAUUUAUUGAAAUGUUUUUUUUUUUUUAUUGAGAUUGUGUAUAUUGUUUAAAACCCUAAUCCUUGUGCACAAUCAUUUGGAUUCCAACCACUGUUACAUUUACAACAUUCCAGUUUGAAUAAAAGUAUUUUUCACCAAA